GACUGCGAAAGGUGGAUAGCGCAUGCCAUUUUGCCAUUGACAUACCCAAACAGACGUGCUUCUUGCAUGUUGUUAGCCAUGGUUUGUUGCACAGAAAGUCACCCACCAUGAGAUCAGUUUUGCGAGCCACGAAGCUAUGCGCGGCGGCGAUACGCCCAGCACCGGGCCAUGGUUUCGCAACAUCCUCCCCGUUCGCCUACCAGGCGACACAUGCGAGGUAUUCUACAAAGAAGUAUGCACCUCCCGACCGCAAAUCAUCCAAAUACGAUGUCUUCAGGACCAUGAUCCUCACUCAGUUCAACGUCGUCAUUGAGAACAUGGGACGUUGGUCAGAGACCAACACCGAGUACCGAAACUUUGGCAUUCGAAGCGAGUACGGCCUCAACAACGAGGUUACCCUCUUCCGCGAUACCAUACAAAAGGCGAUAGGCUUGGCCAACAAGGGUGCAACACUGCGCAAGGAGAACCCGUUGUUCUGGUCCUUACGAAAUGCCUUCAUCCGUGGCGACGUCAAGGGCCUAACGGCGGAGCUGCGAUAUUCAUUCCAGAGCUUCAUGCUGCGAUCGAAACUGACACACUCGACAACGCGGCAGAGGAAGUUGGCCGAUUUGCGGUUCCCAAUGGAGUGGUUCCCCGCCACACGAGCCAUGCAGCGCACUAUUCACCUGCACGUCGGACCGACGAACUCUGGAAAGACCUAUCGGGCGUUGCAGGCCCUGAUGAACUCCAAAUCCGGCAUCUAUGGAGGGCCCCUCCGUCUCCUGGCUCAUGAAAUUUACUCUCGGUUCCAGGCCGCGGGGAAGCCCUGCGCCAUGGUCACGGGCGAGGAGCAGCGCAUACCGGACGCGGAUAACUACUUCAUCAGCUGUACCGUCGAGAUGACGCCUCUUAACCGAAUGGUUGAUGUGGCGGUUAUAGAUGAGAUUCAGAUGAUUGGCCACGACGAGCGAGGAUGGGCGUGGACGCAGGCUUUCCUUGGCGUCAUGGCGAAGGAGGUCCAUCUCUGUGGCGAAGAACGAGUUGUCGACCUGAUCAAGUCCAUCUGCUCAAGUAUCGGUGACAAGUGCAUUGUCCACCGGUAUGAGAGGCUGAGUCCGUUGCAGACGAUGAAGAACAGUCUGGGCAACGAUCUUUCCAAGCUGGAAAAGGGCGAUGCCGUGGUGGCUUUCACUCGCGUUAACCUCCACGGUCUCAAGAAUGCGAUUGAGGAGGCAACCGGCCGUCGGUGCGCCAUUGUCUACGGUUCGCUGCCACCAGAGACUCGAGCGCAGCAAGCAGCUUUAUUCAACGAUCCCAACAACGAUUACGACUUCUUGGUGGCCAGUGAUGCCAUCGGCAUGGGCCUGAACUUGGAGAUCAAGCGCGUCAUCUUUGAGACGUCGAUGAAGCACGACGGUACACAGUAUCGUACGCUGACAACAUCCGAAAUCAAGCAGAUUGGUGGCAGAGCAGGAAGAUACAAGACUGCUCGACAAGCAGCCACCAAGGAAGGUGACAACAACAACAAUCAAGUCGAAGAGAAGAAAAUGGGCUACGUUACGACGCUUGCCGAGGAAGAUUUGCCCGCGAUUGCAAAGGGGUUCAACACUGAGACUGCGCCGCUCGAGGCUGCAGGUAUCCAGCCCCCGUCACAUAUUAUCGAGCAGUUCGCCGAAUACUUCCCUCCUGAUACGCCGCUCAGCUUCAUCCUUCUACGACUGCGCGAACUCGCGCCCGUCUCGGAGCGCUUCACGGUCUACGUUCCUGAAAUCAGCGCCAAGAUCGCAGAUACCAUCCAGGAGUUCCCCAUGACGAUCCAGGACCGCAUCACCGUUCUCCACGCCCCGAUUUCGCUUCGGGAGGCUGGGCAGACGGACCUUCUCAAAGCCAUUGCAAAGUGUAUCUCAACGAGGAGCAACGGCGCCCUGUGCGAUAUUCAGUCCAUCCAGUUGGAGCUACUCGACGCCACGCUCGAAGACUUCAACAACCAGGGCAGGCGGUAUCUUCACGCCAUCGAGUCCCUGCACGCGGCCAUAACCCUGUAUCUGUGGGUGAGCUACCGCUUCCCCAACGUCUUUACGAGUCAGGCGCUGGCGUUCCACGUCAAGGACGCCGUCGAGGAGAAGAUUGAGUUCUACCUCGAGACCAACGCCGUCUUCGACCCCGAGGUGCAUACCAAGGUCCGCGAGAAGCGACGAAGGGAGGCAAAGACGAAGGAGAUGCAGACGGAGCUCGAGGCGGAGCUACGCAUGCUUCAAGAAGAAGCAGACGAAAGGAGCGCAGAAAAGCUCGCUGGUCGUACGCUUUCUGAGGACGACUCUACCGAUGUCGGGCAGAGCUCCAUGCCUUUCGAGGAUGUCGAUCAGAGCUCCGUGGGUCUUGAGGAGCCUCUGGUGGUAGACGAGAGAGACUAUGAAGCCGGGCUGGAAGAGAAGGAGGAGAAGCCAAAACAGGAGUCUGCCUUCUAGUACGACAAUCGCGGGUUGAGGACUGACAAGGAGCUCGGGAAGAUUUGUCGGAUGUAAAACAAUGUAGGCUUCUAGCUACAUGUAGUUGUAUAAUAGGCUGUCUGGUGGCACAGGAAAAGUACAUCGAAAGGCACGAUGAUGUUUAGAGGGGCCCAAGGGCCAUGUAUAUUACAACACGGACAUCACAAAAGGAGUAGGGACAGGGCAUACUCCACAUUGCAAGAUAUAAGAUAGAUAUUAUACGAUACAGAAGCCUCUCACAUAUUUCCAAGAGGACUCAAGAUUUUGCACAUAGUAA